ACCUAUCCUCUCCUCCCCCUGCAGAAGACUUCAGUGUGAUGGCAGAGCCCCCAACAUACACCCUUGGCGCUCUCAUCUGUGUUGAGGCCAAAGUGGAAUCCAGUGCAGGUGUCUCCCCAAGAAUCUACGUGGAUGAGUGCUAUGGGAGCAGUGCAAAGCACCUGAGCCAUUCCAGGAGGAUCUAUGUGAUUGUGAACAACCAUGGGUGUCUGCAUGGGGGGAAGUCUGGGAAUGUUGCUGUCUGGCGUCGGCCUGAGGAUUCUGCCUUGCAGUUUGCCAUCCCAGCUUUCAUGCUGGCUGACGAACCAGAGGAAAAGAUCUACAUUCACUGCCUGCUGACUGCAUGGGGCCAGGAGAGCCUCACAAGCCUGGGGAAGAAGUCCUGCUAUUACAACAGUACCUCCUUCAGCUGGCAGAACCUAGAAGACCCUUCCCAAAACUUAAAGUGUAGCUGCUGUGACAACCACUGCCCUGCUGACUCUGCUCCUCCAGAAGAACUAAGAGAGUUUAUAGGUGAAGGGAUGCUCCACAGAAAAGUAGCUGGCCCCUUGACGGUGCACAAGGAAGAGGCUCCAUGGUAUGAAGAACGAUGCCGCACCCUGAAGAAGCUUCUGCUGGUGGGUGUUGCUUUUGUGGGCAGCUGUCUAGUGGGAGCCCUCUUUGUAGGAGGCCUCUUGGCUCUGGCUCUGGCCUCAUUCCGGUCAUACCAGCGCAGCAAAGGGCAAAGGCUGCUGAGGAAGAGGAAGGAGUACCCCUACCAGACAGAGCUGCAGAGUGUGGUGAACGCCCUCAUGACUACUGAAGAGAUACAGAAGGAUGAGAGAGAAUCCAGGAUAGACUACAACUUGACUACAGAUGCACCAGAGAAGGAAUAACCAGGCCUUCAAGCUACAAUAAAUGCUUUUUCUCUAAUGUCAA